UAAUUAAAGAUGAAUCUCCUCCUUUUUGACUACAACAAAGCAUUUCUACAAGUUUAUGAUACCUUUGAAGAGAUUUUAAAGACUCAUAUCAUUACUGAUAAUGUUAGACCAAUAGAUUAAGUCAAUUUGAUAGGCCAUUUAAAUGAAUCAUUCAGAGAAUUUUAUUUGUAAAAUGUUUACUCAAACUAUACUGAGUUUCUUAUUGCUUAUCUCGCUAUGAUCAGGUCUAGGCCCAGUAAGCAAAUUCUCAUCAAAGUCUGUUCAGAUUUUAUCUUAAAUUGGCAAAAAUAAGUUAAAAAAUGCUGUGACUUGUAAAUCUUUUUGUACAUUAUCUACAAUAGCAAGGACUCUAAGAAAUUGUUUGAAAUUUAUUAUUAUAUAAGAAAAACUCUUUUUAGCUAUCAAACUGAAUUAUACAGAAAUAAUCCUUUAGAUAUGCUUUAAUACGAUUUUGAGGAGGCAAAUAGACUUUUUAAGUCUUUAUUUAGCUCAGAGCUAUGCAAAGCGAUAUGUUCUAGAUUUGUUAUGUUGAUUUAAAAGCAUCAAAAAACAGUUUACAAGGGCAAUGUUAUGAAAGGUAAUUUUAUAGCAGAGUUUGUCUUGCAUGAAUACUUGGAAUUAAAAGAAAAGUAACCUGAAUUAAUGAAAGAGGUUAUCAUUCAUAAUAGAAUGCUUGUAAAAGAAUAAAAUAAGUAUGAAUUUAGGAAAAGAUUUAAAAUAAAUGAAAGUAUUAUUGACUACAGUCCUUAGCAAACAGGCAAAAAUUAAGGAAACAAAAAAUUUGUUUUAGAUUUGUCUAUAUUAAACUAGCAAAAGCUUGGUGUAGAAACCUAGAUUCAGAGUUAGAAUUAAUUUGCAAAUAAUAGUAAUUGCAAUGGAUAAGAAUGUGAACAUUAAAAACAAAUAGAAAUUCUUUUGCAGAGAGAAUCUUAGCUCGUUAGCUAAAAUGGAGAGCUAAAAUAGUCAAAUUAAAAAAUUUAGAAGCAACUCCUUGAGUCUAUGGUUGAAGUAGAAUAAAUGAAGUCUAAAUUUGAGUAGAUGAAAAACUUAACAGAAAAUUUGAUUUAAAAGCAAGCAUUGUCAGUUGAUAAUUAGCAAGCUUAAGAAUCAUAGAUAAUACAGCAGUAAGUGAAUAAUCUUUCAAAAGAAUUUGAUGAAAUUCAGGUUUCAGUCAAGAAGAAAAUUUAAGAUUAAGCUGAAGCAAAAGCUUCUUAAAAAUAACAAUUUAAAAAAUUAAAGCUAAAUAAUAGUAAUUUAGAGUAAAAUUUUGAUUUAGAGGUAAACAAUGUUGAUAAUGUAAAAGAUAAUUUUUAGGAUAAAAAUAUUAUUGAAGUAGAUAGUGAUAAAGGUUAAAAAAAUAUCAAAUAAGCAAUCAAACAAAGCGAGUUUAUUUAAAAUAAUAAUUAAGAAGAGACAAAUGGAGCUAUCAAGUCAAUAUAAUUAUUUUAGAAUAAAAAAAACAUUUAAAAAGUUGAAUUAGAAAAAGAUUAAAACUAAAAAAAUGAUUAAUUAGCUCAUUAAGCAGCUCCUUAAACAUUCAAAUAAAACUAAAAUAGCUUUUUAAAACUAAGCUAAGUGAGCAGUGAUGAAUCUUUUAUUAAAAUAAAGCAAACUGAAUCUACUUUAACUGUAAAUAACAUCAUAAAAUAUAAACCUGAAGAAAAUUCAGCUUGCAAAGAAGGAACAUAAAACGAAGGAUAUAUUAAGGAGUCUAUAGUUUAUAAAUAAGCAGAAAACAGAUUUAAUAACAAUAUCUAAUUUAUUUAAGGAUAAAAACCUAGCGAAGAAUCAACUAAAAAUUAGCCAUAAUCAUUAAAUUACUAAAUAAAAAUGAAUAACGAAUAAAAUAAAAUAAUUGAAAAUCCUUCGUUAGAAAUGAGUGAAUCCCCACAUUUUAAAUUUGGUGAUAAAACAAAUAAUAAAUAGUAGUAGAAUGAUUUCAAUGAAAAUUCAAAAAAAGCCUAAACAUUGGCUGAUUCAAGUUCAAUAUCUUCUUCUAUUGAAGAUAUUUACAUAAAUUAAAUGGAUUAGUCUGUGGUUAAUUAGAAUAAAGAUAAAGAAAUCUAACAAAAUAAUCCUGUGAAAUAGCUUAAUUUAUUUUAAAGAGGGAAUAAUAAUAAUAAUUCAAAAAGUUCUUAAAUUUAACAGGAAGCUUUGACAGAAAACUCUUUGGUCUCUAACAAUAAAUCUUAUGAUAUAAAUUAGCUUAAUCAAGUGGAAAAUAAUAAUAAUAAUUAUGAUAAAAAAAUUGAUAAAAUUAAUGAAUAAAAAAAUAAUAUUUAAACUUAAAAUUAGCCAAACAUAAAUUCUUAAAAUUAAUAAAAAUAAAUAUCAAAUCAAAGAAAAUCUUUAUAAAAAAAUUAAGAAUCAGCUUAGGUUUAAUAAUAAUUUGAAGUUUAAAAUGAUUAGUCGAUUUCUAGGAAUCCUUAAGAUAAGAAUUAUUAAUAGGAAUCAAGGUCUUCAUCAUUGAAUAGCAAAGUUUAAUAAGAUUCUAACUAAUAAAACUGGACUUAAAAAUAGCCUUAGUAAAGUUCUUUAGAUAAUAAUUAAACCAAAACAGAUCAAAAUUAGAAUACUCAAAGCAUUUACUCUUCUAGACAGCCUCCAUAAAAUUAAAAAAAUCAAGACUAGCAAUUUCAAAACUAAAAAAUGUAACAAGAUUAAAAAGAAAAGUUUAGCUUUCCUACUUUUGAUGAGGAUAAUAAAUAUUAAUUUUCAGUAAACACUAAAAACACCUAAAUAAGCAACAGAAAUUAUAGUCCAUCAUUUAAUUCAGAUCAUUUUCAUGUUUAAUCUGUAGGAAAUUCAAACGAUUAGAAUUAAUAACCUAAGAAUUCAUCGAAUAAUUUCAAUAGCAUAAAAUAGUAUCCUCUUUUUGAUAUUUCAUAAAAUAUGAGAUCUAACUCAUCAAAUGAUAGUUAAAAUCACUAAUCUAUAAAGAGCUCUAGUUUUAACGAAGAUAUAGGCAGACAAGGAAGCCAAAAUAAUUCUAAAUAUUCUGAUAAUAAUACUAUAAUUAAUUAAUCUUAAUAAAACAAGUCUAGAGGUUCGUAAUAAACUGAAAAGAUAUCGAACUAAUUAAAUGAAAUUUAAUUCACUUAAAGCAGCUCGAACUCUUAAAGCCAAAUAAGCUAUGCUAAAUCAAAAGAGAGUUUAUAAGGAAAUUUUAUGGAUAACGUCAAAAAUCAAUAAUAAAAUUAUAAUAUCUAAAAAGAUCAAACAAAUCAAUCAUAAUAUGAGAUUCUACCUAUUCCUUCACAAUUUUUAUAAAAUAAAUAAUAGCAAUAGGCUGAUCAGCAAUAUAAGAAUAGUGGUCACUAAAAAAAAAUGUCGUAAAUUGAUGAUCAAGUAAAAUUAUAUGAUGCUAAUAUGAUAAAUAAAAGCCAAUAAUAAAACCAUAAACGCAGUGGAAGUGCUAAUCUACCUAGUUAAAUUAACAAUCAAUAAUAAUUAAACCAAAUUCAGUAUAAAUAGAACAAUGUAGAUUCUCAAAGCAGAUAAGCAAAGGAUUCUUUUAAGUUAGAAAACGUAGGUCAAUAAUUCACGUUCGAUAUUCCAGAAGAAGAAGAAAUUGCGGAUGAAAAUUCAGAAUCAAGUGCUUAUCAAAGUAAAGAAAAAUAAGAAAACUUAAAUAGAAACUCUAAAAACAUUUCUCCUCAUUUAAAUUAAUCUUCAUAAAUUAUUAACAAUAUACAAAAAUCUCCUCCAGCAAAAAAGCAGAUAUCCCCAGAAUCUAGCUAAAGACAGAAUUCAUAAUACACUUAAAGAUAUUCAAUACAAGUUUAUCCUCAAAAUUAAAAUACUUUAAAUGAUAAAAAUAGCAUUAAAAAUUAAUAAAAUGAAGCUUUUGUUUAAUAAAAAAGUAAUUAUAUUGAGAGAACUCCUGAAAAUUUAAAUAAAAUAAGAGAUUUGUAAUCAAGCAGCUAAAAAUCUGAUAUUUAAUCCAGCCAUUCGCCUUACAGAAAGAGUAUGUAUGCUAAUUUUCCAACCAAUUAGCUAAGCAGCGGAUUUAAAUCAAGUAUUACUAACACAAAUUCUAAUUAGAUCCUCUAAUAUUCUGCUACUAGUAAUCAUUCAAAUAAACAAAACAUCUCAAGAUUUGAUUGCGGUGAAGAUGCAUUUGUAAAUUAAUAGAUAGAAAAUUAAAAUAAUAUUUCUUCUUAUAACCCAUUGAGCAAUAAUCAAUAAGCAAAUCAAUAAUAAAAAAAUGCAGCAACACCUUCUAGAAAUUCUCAACAAAUCUAAAAUUAUAAUUAGACUAAUCAAAAUGGCCAAAGAAAUUCUAUGCUUAACUCCUAAAACAAUCGCUCUGUAUUGACUUAAAAAAAUGAAAGAAAUUCUAUUUUAGAUAAUUCUUAACUUUCAGAUAAUAAGUCUAGAUAAAGCUACAUUAUCACAGUGUAAGAUAGUAUAAAUGAAAUUAAUAAUUCUAGAGAUAAUUUUAAGGGAAAUACUCCUAGUUAAAAGCUAACAAAUAUUUUAUAAGAUAUAGAUUCACCUAUGGUAGCAAAUCUAAAUAAUAAUAUAAUAGGAAACUAUUAAUUAAAUGAUUAACCAACAUUUGAAGGAGCACUAAGCAAGUAUGGCUAGCUAAAAUAAAAUAAACUAUCUUAGCAAAACUAAUAAAAUUAAGUUGAAAACAAAAGUUUUGAUUAAUAGAGUGAAUAAGAUGAUGUUGAAAGAUAGAGUGACAUUUGGUUAAGAGACUCUGUUAUUUAAAACGAAGAAGAAUAGAGUUAUUUAAAUAAACGAGAUAGUAAGUCCUAGUAAGCUUUUGGUCCUUUUAAAAUGACAAUGAGCACAGAGUAAUCUUAAGACUUAAGAUAAUCGAUACCAAAACCAAUUUUUUAUGGUGUGCCAAUUUAAUUUUCUCAAACUGAGUUAUUAAGAAAAAAUUGA